AUGAAGAAAGCAGAGCUGAUUUUUGUUCCAGGCCCCGGUGUCGGUCACGUAGCAUCAGGCCUUGAAUUAGCAAACCGCCUUCUCGACCAUGAUGAUCGAAUAUCUAUCACUACACUUGUUAUGAAUCUACCUUUCGGUCCGUCUGUUGAUGCAUACACAAGAUCGCUCGUUGCUUCAAAACCCCGCAUCAAACUGGUUGACCUUCCCGAAGUGGAUUCUCCUCCCCCACCAGAGCUUUUAGUGAAGUCCCCUGAAGCUUAUAUCUGUGACUUCAUUGACAGUUACAUGCCCCUCGUCAAAACUACUGUCACAAAUAUUAUAUCAUCCCUCUCUAACUCGGAUUCUGUUCGAGUUGUCGGGUUCAUUCUUGAUUUCUUUUGCGUGUCCAUGAUUGACAUCGCAAAUGAAUUCAGUCUCCCUUCUUAUAUCUUUGUAACCUCCAACGCAGGGUUCUUGGGUCUUAUGCUAUACCUACCCAAACGCCAUUAUGAAAUCAGCGAGGAGAUGCAAAUGUCCGAUCCUGAUUCGUUAAUACCAGGUUUUUCCAAUCCUGUUCCUGCUUCAGUCUUGCCUGAUGCUGUAUUUAAUAAAUAUGGUGGUUAUGCUGCUUAUGUUAAGGUUGCUCAAAGGUUCAAGGAUGGAAGAGGAAUAAUCGUGAACACAUUUGCUGAGCUUGAGCCUUUUGCCCUUAGGUCCUUCUCUGAUGAUCCCCAAAUCCCUUCAGUUUACCCUGUUGGACCAGUGCUACAGCUGAAGGGUCAGCCUCACCCUGAUUUACACCGCGAUCAGUUGGACAAGAUCAUGAAAUGGCUUGAUGAACAGCCUCAAUCAUCUGUGGUGUUUCUAUGCUUUGGAAGCUUUGGGAGCUUUAGUCCCCCACAAGUGAAAGAAAUAGCACUUGGUAUCGACCAAAGUGGGUUCAAAUUCUUGUGGUCCGUCCGUUUCCCAGGUCCACAAUCUGGUCAGUUCACGAGUCCUGAAGAGGUGUUACCAGAAGGAUUCUUGGAACGUAUAGAAGGACAAGGAAUGAUAUGUGGAUGGGCACCCCAGGUUGAGGUCCUAGCUCACACGGCCAUAGGAGGCUUCGUGUCUCACUGUGGGUGGAACUCCAUCUUGGAGAGCUUGUGGUAUGGUGUUCCUAUUGCCACAUUGCCUAUAUAUGCUGAACAGCAGCUUAAUGCAUUUAGGAUGGUGAAGGAAUUGGGAUUAUCGGUGGAGCUGAAAUUGGAUUACAGGAAAGAUGGUGAUCUUGUGAUGGCGGAUGAGAUAGCAAGGGCUGUAAAGUGUGUAAUGCAAAGUGAUAGUGAAGUGAGGAAGAAGGUGAAAGAAAUGAGCCAGGUAGCCAGGAAGGCUGUGAUGGAUGGUGGAUCUUCCUUCACUUCUAUUACAAAACUCAUUCAGGAUAUGACAGGAAACAGCUGA